AACCGAAGGUACAAAAAUGUCCACGGCCGCCGUUUGGCCAAGCGCUCCAUCAUCGGCACCAAGGUGUGCGCCAAGGGUCCGGACGGCCUCUGGUACUCCGGCACCAUCUCGGACGUGAAAACCCCGCCCUCGUACUUGGGACCGCUUUCCCCCCCGCCGCCGCCCACCUUCCUGGCGCCGGGCGGCCCAGCUGACGCCGACACGCGCUACCUGGUCCGCUUCGAUUUCAAGACCGCCGUCGAGUCCCCAGCCGCGUCCACGUCCACUUCCUCGUCAUCCACCUCGUCCUCGUCCUCGUCAUCGUCCACAUCCUCCACAGAUCCGUCGGUCAUCGUGGAGGCGCGUCGCGUUGCCAGCGUCCACAUCAGUCCCGCCCAGGCCCUCCGCCGCAGCGCCAUGAUCAAGGAGUUCCGCGAGUCGGACCUCAUCGGACCCGGCUUCCGCUCCAUCAUGGACACCGAGCUGCAGCCCGCAAGGGUCUACUUCACCUACAAUGGGCGCGAGCAGAGCGGCGAUGUCGUCAAUCACGACGCCACCAAGGACGAGGUGAUUGUCAAGAUCACAACAGUGGAAAUGAGGAACCCAUUGAGCUGAAGAAGCGCCUGGAGGAAGUGCGUCUGCUGGAAUCGCGACGCUCCGCCCGUCUGGCAGACCAGGAUCGCGACACCGACUU